UUCAUGCAGGACCUCAAUCGUAACAUAAAACGACCAAUUGCAUUUGAUGCGGUCAUGCGUGUACGAACAAGCACCGGUAUUCGCGCAACAGAUUUCCAUGGUAAUUUCUUCAUGUCAAACACGGUUGACGUUGAGUUAGCAUCGAUUGAUUUUGACAAGGCAGUUACAUUUGAGAUCAAACAUGAUGAUAAGUUGUCUGAAGAGACAGGAGCAUUUGUACAGGUUGCAGUGCUAUACACAAGUGUCAGUGGUCAGCGUAGGCUUCGAUUACUCAACUUAUCACUUAACUGUUGUACACAUGCAGAUAUGUAUCGCAGCUGUGAAACAGAUAGCAUCAUUAACUUCCUAUCAAAACAUGCAAUGACAGCAUCAUUGGCCUUCAAUCCCAAAGCAAUUCGAGAUGGAUUAGUCAAUCGAACGGCACAGAUAUUAGCCUGCUAUAGGAAAAAUUGUGCUAGCCAAUCAUCACAAGGCCAGUUGAUCUUACCUGAAUGUAUGAAACUCUUGCCGCUUUAUUGCAACUGUAUUAUAAAGAGCGACGCUUUGCAAGGUAGCUCGGAGAUCAUGACUGACGAUCGCAGUUGGUUGAUGCAGACGGUCAUGUCUAUGGAUGUCCCGUCCAGCCACAUCUACUUUUAUCCUCGCUUGGUACCCUUGCAUGAAUUAAACCCAGACUCCAACACCCUACCAGUUGCCAUCCGCUGCUCGGCAGACCGUCUCAGUGACACUGGAGUCUACUUGUUAGAAAACGGACUCUCAAUGUUUAUGUGGAUUGGGCUACAUGUGCCUCAGGACUGGGUACAAAAUGUUUUUGGUGUCAACUCAGCCGCACAGAUUAAUAUAGAAUCUCAAAAACUUCUGCAAAUUGAUAAUAAAGUAUCAAACCAGGUGCGAAGUGUGGUUGAUGAUGUGAGGAAGAUGAGGCCAAGGUACAUGAAGCUAACCCUGGUUCGUCAACGUGAUGCCCUGGAAGGAUGGUUCCGUCAUUUCUUAGUAGAGGACAAGGGGUCAAAUGCCACAGCAUCUUACGUUGACUUCUUGUGUCACAUGCAUAAGGAGAUACGCAAUCUGUUGAACUAAGGAAGAUGGUAUUGCAUCCAUUCUUUUAUUAAAACAUGAAACAUUGAAAAUUAUAAUAUUCUCUUGUGGCUGAUGAUUUAAUUACGAAGUUAUCAUAUGUUGCUUUCAGAUAUCACAUGGCCUUUGAGGGGAAAUAUCUAGAUUUGUAUCAUAACAUUUGUAAUUAUCGACGCAUCCAACUAUUCUUUGUAGCUCAUAUUUCUUGGUAGAUGGUGGCUGUUUCUUAGUUCAUUUUGUACUUGUGAUGUAUUGUUUAGUUAGAGCCUGUGAUAAAAAUUGAGUUAUUAAUCAGUUAAAAGUCACUCAUUAACAAUUUUUAUUUACAUGCUCAUGCACUCAGUAAUUAUAACAUUUAUCUACCAAUGACAUAAAUAUAGAAUUUUAACAUAAAUAUAUUUUCUUUAUGCAAGUACUACAGAACUUCCGUGGUUAGUUCUAGUUUCUAUGGAAAUUUAUCAUAAGUUUGAAGUCCAAAACAAUGACUUUUUCCAUCAGGAUCUUUGGUUACAUUUUCUCUAGACAACACUCAAGGCAAAUUAUUAGGUGCCACAGAAAUGUUUCAUUUACUACAGAAAUCUGAAGACAUAGAAAUGGAAAUGCAUUUUACAAACUUGAAAAGUCUGCUUUAUCUGCUAACAAGUUUGAAAAUUCUUUUAUUCAUUCGGCACAAGGAAGACUAAACUACAAAAUGAUAAGAAAGCUGUUACAAAAGUUGGAAAACUUGGUAUUGCCUGAGCGAAAUGUGAUUCCUUGUAAACUAAUUUUGUUAAUAUAAAAUAUAUAAUAAGUAACCCCUCCCCCCCCCCAUGUAUUGAAAUUAAACAUUUGGAAAUUGGAGGAAAGUAUUCCCGAGUUUCUUUUAAUUUUCUUUACUAUGCCUAUAAAUUUGUCACAAACAAAUGUGAGGUCUCUCCAAGAAAUAAGUCUCAGGGUUGGAAUAUCAAAAAUUUAGUUUAUAUUAUACAAUAUGUGGAUAGAUCACAUUAUAAGCUUUGGUUUGGUCUUUGGCUUCCCUAAGAUGAGUAGAUCCAGAGAUGUGAGCAUUUAAACUUUAGGUGCAUGAGAACCAGGUUUUGAGAAAAUUAGCUCCUAAGAUAAACUAACCCGUACAAAUAAUAGGACUAGAAUUACAGAACAUGCAUGGAGUACACUAUUUUAGUAAGAAAAUUCAUAUUAAAUGUAUACAAUCAUUAAAAUCCGACUUUUGUAAAAAAUUUCACUGUGACCUAUUUUGGUGAAUAUCUCAGUAUGAUUUCACCAGUGAUGCGUCUCAUUUCGUGGUGAGACCUCCAUGGCACAAAUUCUGUAUCUAAUAUAACAUUAUCCACAUUAAUUCAGAUUCCUAGUGGAAUAUGUGCUCUAACAGUGGCCUUAUCUGGUAAUGUUUGUUCACCUAAGUUUCAGUGGUGGUGCUAGUGGUGAUCAUUAGUUCAAUAUCCCCCCCCCCCCAGCAAAUUACUGGAGCCACCACUGCUCAUAUUGUUAUUAAUAUUAUUUUUAUUGUUAUUGUUGUUGUUAUUUUUAUUAUAUACAAAUUAUAGCAGUGACAAUGUUUAAAGGUUAAAAGGAAUGACACUAAUGAAUGAAUAAUUAUUUUGAAUACUUCAAUGUUAUUAACUAUUUCAUUACUAUUAAGAUAAUAGUGUUAAUAAUUAUAAUACUAAUGAUGACAAUAAUAUUAAUGACAAUGGCAUAUGGUACUACAUUGGAGUUAAUUAUAUUCGUGGAUUUCAAUAUUUAGAACGUCAGUUCCAGUGUAUGUAUGGUCUUCAUAUUCUAUUUUUUUCAAGAGCAUUUUUUCAGUGCCACCAUAUUUAUUUAAGUUUGCUAACUUUCAUUUAAUAGUAUAAAGAAUGCGAAUGCCAAAGCUUAAAAGGCUGAUGUGGUGACAGAACAUGGAAGCCAAAUAUAUUGAUGUAAUUGGAAGUGGCCUGACUGUCCUGAUUUUGUAUGCAGGCAAUGAAACUUUUAAAAAAAGUACUGCCACAAGAUAGAGGGCGCCCUAUUAGAAUUUGAAUAGAGUUUAGUCGAAACUCGUCUUUUAAAGACACGUCCCUUCGUGGCAGUACGUUUUUUAAAUAGGAUUAUAUUCCAUCGAAACCACGAGCCGGACAUUUUUUUUCGGUUCUGUACUCUUUCAUUCCAAGUUUUGGAGGAAAACACAUAUCUAAAAAAACAUAAAUCAGUUUUAAUCAUAUAACCAAACACUUAACAUUAGCAUGAAAACUAUUUCUGUUCAUGCCAUCCCUUUGAGUUGUGGGAAAAUAUUUGAAUGACAUAUUUUUAGUAUUGAAAUUCUUAGCUACAGUAGUACAGUAUUGUACUGAGUGUAUAUACAGACAAGCCCCAUACCUAUGUAGAUCUUUUGUUUUUACAUAAAGUUAAAAGAAAUUAUAUGAGAUGCUUAUUGUAGUGAAUGAUGUCAGAAUGUAAUGCAUCAUUCCAUUGACUUGAUGGACCUGAAUAGUGAGAUGAUGUUACUUCACGAAUCAUGUGAUUUAUCUAUUCAGGAAUAAUGAUUAAAUUCUAAAUCGUUA